AUGGUUCUUCAAGAUCUCGGUCGCCGCAUCAAUGCGGCCGUCAGCGACCUGACAAGGUCGAGUAAUCUCGAUGAAAAGGCAUUCGACGGUAUGAUUAAGGAGAUCUGCUCAGCACUCCUUGAAGCUGAUGUCAACGUACGCCUCGUCGGGGUCCUACGAAAGUCCAUCAAAAGCUCAGUCAACUUCAAAGAGCUAGCGCCUAACGUCAACAAGAAGCGACUGAUUCAGAAGGCUGUCUUCGACGAGUUGGUUAAACUUGUAGACCCGCACCCCCACACCAAACCUUUCAAUCCCAAGAAGGGCAAACCGAGUGUUAUUAUGAUGGUGGGUUUACAAGGUGCGGGGAAAACUACUACAUGUACGAAGCUGGCACGGCACUAUCAAUCAAGGGGCUUCAAGGCCUGUCUGGUUUGCGCAGAUACGUUUCGAGCGGGAGCUUUUGAUCAGUUGAAGCAGAAUGCGACGAAGGCGAAGAUCCCCUAUUAUGGAUCUCUUACGCAGACAGAUCCAGCAGUUGUGGCGAAAGAAGGCGUGGAGAAAUUCAAGAAAGAGAAGUUCGAGAUUAUCAUUGUGGAUACCAGUGGACGGCAUCGACAGGAGGAUGCCCUCUUCCAAGAAAUGGUGGAUAUUCAGACAGCUGUCAAACCGGACCAAACUAUCAUGGUGUUAGAUGCUAGUAUUGGGCAACAAGCUGAGGCUCAAAGCAAAGCCUUCUACGAUACAGCUGCAUUUGGUGCUAUUAUUAUUACCAAGACCGAUGGACACGCAAGCGGAGGAGGAGCUAUAUCAGCAGUUGCAGCUACCGGAACCCCUAUAGUCUUCAUUGGUACUGGCGAACACAUACUUGACUUGGAAAGAUUCGCGCCUGAAAAAUUUGUCCAAAAGCUACUCGGAAUGGGUGACAUUCAAGGGCUCGUUGAGCACGUGCAGUCCUUAAAACUUGAUCAAAAGGAUACUAUGAAGCAUAUUGCCGAAGGUGUCUUUACGGUGCGCGAUCUUAGAGACCAACUAUCUAAUAUCAUGAAAAUGGGGCCGCUAUCAAAAAUGGCCGGCAUGAUUCCGGGAAUGAGUGGCAUGAUGCAGGGCAUGGACGAUGAAGAGGGCUCCAUUAAGCUUAAACGCAUGAUCUACAUGUGCGAUUCCAUGACGGCGAAAGAAUUGGACAGCGACGGCAAGAUAUUCACUGAGCAACCCACACGGAUGACAAGGAUAGCUGGUGGUAGUGGUACCAGCGUUCGUGAAGUUGAGGAUCUACUCACGCAACAUAAGAUGAUGGCUGGUAUGGCGAAGAAAAUGGGCGGCAAUAUGAAGAAUAUCCAAAGGGCGCAGGGGGCAAUGGGCGGUGGAAACAAGCAACAGCAAAUGGCUGCAAUGCAGAAGCGUCUCGCUAGCAUGGGCGGUGCUGGUGGAGCGGGUGGUGGUGGUAUGCCUGAUAUGGGAUCCUUGAUGAAAAUGCUCGGUGGAGGCGGGGCCGGGGCCGGAGGGAUGCCUGGAGGCAUGGACAUGCAGGCCAUGAUGAAGCAAAUGGGUGGGAUGAUGGGCGGCAUGCCUGGAAUGGGUGGUGCUGGAUCUGGAAGAGGACGACGGUAG